AUGCCGGGAUUGAUAUAUGAUCCUGAUGGCGAUGUGUUGGUGAACAUCAGCCAAGAUGCUAGAUGGAUUAGUCUGGCUCCCGGGGAGGCUUGGAGCGUCUCAUUGAAGACUCACGAGCGGCUGCCGUCCGAUCAAGAUCCUGGGGACACAUUUCGGUACCAGUUAGAGGGGCGAGUUAUCGGACUGUGGAAUUGGAGCAGCAAGGAAGAUCACGCGCAGACCACGUUGCUGCAUCGUGCAAAUGGUGGAUUUGACGCCGCUGACUGGAGGGGAAGGCCGCCCAUGGAAGUGCCAGCGUCCAAUCCGCUGGAGUUUACAAUAGAGUGA